AUGGUUAAUCAUAAACAAAGUGCAGUCCUCUCUUUUGCAGCAGUAGUUGGAUUAACAAUUUUUACUCAAAUUGCUAAAGGAUUUUUAACAUCAACAAAAGAAGGAGUAUUAUUAGCUGGUUUUAUAGGAUCUUUUAUAUAUGUAUUUUUACUAACAGCAGUAUCAAACUUCAAAAAUACAAAUUUUAAUUUUAUUGUAUAUUCAGGAAUUUUUGAUAUUUUUAUUUCUAUUGUUAUUUCUGCAAUUAUUAUGUCAUUUGUUCAGGGUGUUGCUGUUACUGUAACAAUUUUAUUUUCACUUUUUUGGACAAUGGCAUUAUCAAAUAUUUCUGAUAAAAAAUACAGUUUAAGUACUGGAGGGUCAUCAGUUGUUGGAAAGAAGAAAAAAAAUUAA